AUGACAAACCGUAUUUUUGUAUACAAAAAAUUCUCAGAAAAUGGAUUUGUUAUGGCCUUGGAAAACUCUAUGGAUGUCUUCAAAAAUAAAGUUUCAUGUCAGUUUCAAAUACCGGUGGAAAACCUAAAGUUAUAUUUAUCUAAUGGCUGUGAAAUUGUUGACCUACAUGUUCUUAAAGAUGAGGAAAAGAUAUAUUUAGAAUACGACGAGAAGUAUCAUAAAGCUAUGCAUUCCUUACCUGAACAGGAAAACCGAUCUGUGUCCGACUGGAUUCGUCUGAAUGUCGGUGGAAAACAUUUCAUGACCUCAAGAUCUACACUGUUAGCAAAAGAACCUUUAUCCAUGUUAGCAAGAAUGUUUGCUGAUGUUAAUAAUGUUUAUUUAAUGAAUCCCAGUGCUAAAGAUAAUACUGGGGCCUACCUUAUUGACCGCAGUCCUGAAUAUUUUGAACCUAUUCUAAAUUAUCUUCGUCAUGGCCAAGUUAUUCUUGACACAAAUGUAAAUCCCAAAGGUGUUCUUGAAGAGGCAAUUUUCUAUGGCUUGGAUUCCAUGAUUCCACAGUUAAAUCAAUUAAUGGAGGAAAGGAAGAGUCGCCAUGACAACCACUCACUCACCAGAAUGGAUGUGGUCCGACUGAUCAUUACUACACCUACAACAUCUGAACUACGAUUUCAAGGUGUCAAUCUUGCUGGUGCUGAUCUGAGUAGACUGGAUUUGAGAUACAUUAACUUUAAGUAUGCUUGCUUAUCUAAAUGCAAUUUAAGUGGAGCUAACUUAUCUAACUGCUGUUUAGAGAGAGCAGAUUUAUCACAUGCCAAUUUGGAGGGUGCUCAUUUAUUAGGAGUAAAGGCACUUUGUGCUAAUAUGGAAGGAGCAAUUUUAAGAGGUUGCAAUAUGGAAGACCCAGCUGGCUCUAGGGCUGUCAUGGAAGGAGUCAAUUUGAAAGGUGCAAACUUGGAAGGUAGCAACAUGGCGGGCGUUAAUUUACGUGUGGCAACACUGAAAAAUGCCAACCUCCAGAAUUGUGAUCUAAGGACUGCAGUUUUGGCGGGAGCUGAUUUAGAGUCUUGCGAUCUCUCGGGCAGUGACUUACACGAAGCUAACCUGCGCGGUGCCAACCUGAAAGACGCAGCGUUUGAACUAAUGCUGACACCUUUACACAUGUCACAAACUAUACGAUAA